CUAUGACAUGGAAUACGAGGCGGGGUGAAUAAACGAGCGCACCCUGCCUUCUCGUUGACAUACUGUACUGACUGCGUCUGAUUGAAACAAAGAACCAGUGAUUAUUUUUGUAAUAGUUUUUUUAAAAAUCGCAAACGACCCAACAACACUCUUCAAGGUCCAAGACGUUAUGGAAGCUGGUCUCAGUCAAGAGAAGGUUGCCACCUUUGUAGAGCGCCUGCAGGCAGAGCCUCGCUACUUGUUAGCCCAGAAUGUGUCAACGUGCAUCGACCCACUGGAAGUUUGCCUACACCGAAAGACUGUGCAGGAUACUGUACACAUCUUUCAGCAUGCUAUCCCCACAGAGGGCAAGCCCGUCACUAACCAAAAAAACUCAGGAAGAUGUUGGAUCUUUUCAUGUCUCAAUGUCAUGCGGCUUCCCUUCAUGAAGAAGUUUAACAUAGAGGAGUUUGAAUUUAGUCAGUCCUAUCUCUUCUUCUGGGAUAAGAUUGAGCGGUGUUACUUCUUCCUCCAUGCCUAUGUGGAGACGGCACAGAAGAAGGAGCCAAUGGAUGGACGCCUGUUACAAUUUAUUCUCUCCAAUCCAGCCAAUGACGGGGGACAGUGGGAUAUGUUGGUCAAUCUCAUUGAAAAGUAUGGUGUCAUUCCAAAGAAAUGCUUCCCAGAGGCACACAGUUCAGAGGCCUCCCGCAGAAUGAAUGGCAUUCUCAAUCAUAAGCUUAGAGAAUACUGCUUCAAACUGAGGAACAUGGUGGACAGUGACGCAACUCAAUCGGAAAUCUCCGACGCCAUCCACACCAUGAUAGAGGAGGUGUUCCGGGUGGUUAGCAUUUGUCUCGGCAGCCCGCCUGAGACCAUCUCGUGGGAGUACCGAGACAAGGAAAAGAACUUCCAUCGCUUGGGACCCCUCACCCCCCAAGAGUUUUACAGGGAGCACGUCAAACCCCUCUACAACAUGCAGGACAAAAUCUGCCUUGUGAACGACCCCCGACCCCAAAACCCUUACGGGAAGCUGUAUAGUGUGGAGUACCUCGGUAACAUGGUUCGAGGUCGCCAGACAGUCUACAACAAUCAGCCCAUCCAGGUUCUCAAAAAGGCUGCUGCCGAAUCCAUAAAGGACGGAGAAGCUGUGUGGUUUGGCUGUGACGUUGACAAACAUUUCCACGGCAAGAUGGGCAUUAACGACAUGAGUGUCUUCAACCAUGAGCUGGUGUUUGGCGUUUCAGUAAAGAGCCUCACUAAGGCAGAGCGCCUGCAAUGUGGAGACUCUCUCAUGACCCACGCUAUGAUCCUCACCGCCGUCACGGACAAGGAUGGAAAAGAGGGUUAUGAAAAGUGGAGGGUGGAAAAUUCUUGGGGAGAUGACCGUGGGAACAAAGGUUACCUCAUCAUGACAGAUGAUUGGUUCUCAGAGUAUGUGUACGAGGUGGUAGUAGACAAAAAGUUUGUCUCUCCUGAUGUCCUGGAAGUGAUGAAUCAAGAGCCUGUUAUACUUGAUGCCUGGGACCCAAUGGGGGCUCUGGCCUAAGUGCGGACACCCAUGUUUUCAACCAUAACCCUUGUUUUUUUUCUCCCUCUUGCUCCUCUGCUUUUACCUCGGCUGAAUUGGCUAUUAAAAGGUUUUAAGACAUAAAAAAAGAUUAGACCAAGUCUUAUAUUUUCCACCGAUAAUGUGACCCGUAACCUGUCAACUCAAGUGGAAAAAAUAGAUAUAUAUCAAUUAUAUUUUCGAGGAGAAGUAAAAAUGAACAUGACGUGUGCACAUCUUACCACACAGCGCAUCUUAAUAAACCCAAAUUGAAGUUCCACCCCUCCGGAAAGCUUUUCUGACAUUUUUGCCUUCUCGCAGAAGCCUGAAGGUUUUAUGCAAGCAUUGCCUGGUGUUUGAAACCGUUCAUAAUUCCCUCCACCUUAAGACCCCAGUUUCAGCUGAAGAAAAACGGCGCCAUAUCAUGAGGCUGUCACCACAUUGCUUCACUGUAAGUUAUUCUUUUGAUGAGGAGGAGUAAGUUGCAUUUACACCAAACCUCAUGUGUGGAAUGAUGGCCAAAAAGUCUAACCUUGCUUUCAGUGGACCAUGUACGUUCAUGAGUGAGAUUUCAAGUGUAUUUUGUAGCCACGGUUUGGAUGUUUUUGUCCGACUGAUGUGGCUUCUUCUGAAGUGCCAUCCUACCUGAAAGCCCAGACAUAUGAAGAACACGGCAUAUUGCUAAAAUGUGUUGAACAUUCACUACAUGCCAGAAAUCCCUGCAGCUCCCUCAGUGUGCAUUGCCUUCAAAAUGUAUUUUGUGACCUUGAAGCCAAAAGUGAAACGGCAACGAGUGUCACAAAUUUGAAUAUAUUUUGCUCAGACAGAAUACAAGACAAUAUAAUUGUCAAGUGGAAAGAAAAGAAUGUGUUUUUUCAAAAUGUUAUGCCAAUAUAAAUCUGAAAAGUGUAGUCUGCCUCUGUACUCUACUUCAGUGCAAUCACUUGCCUUCAGAAGUCACCGAAUUAAUAAAAUCCACCUAUGUUUAUUCUUAGUAUAAAUUCAUCUGUGAAGGCAUCAGUAGUUUUAGAUAAUACUAGUGAACAAACCGCAUUAUGAAGAUCAGGGAACUGAUCAGGGACUGAUCAAAUAUCAGGGGACUGAUCUUCAUAAAUAAGGAUAAAAUUGUAGAGAAGUUGAAAGUAAGGUUGGGUUGUAAAAAAAAAAAUCCAAAGUUUUGAAUAUCUCAAGGAGCAUCAUUCAAUCCAUCGUUCAAGAGUGGAAAAAGUAUGGCAUAAUUGCCAGCCUACCUACUUAUGAUUAUCCACCAAAACUGUCAGAGAAAGCGAGGUCACUCACUCUGGAGGAGCUGCAGAAAUCCACAGCUCAGAUGGCUUAAUCUGUACCAAACAAUUAAAUCAUGCACUCUGCAAAUCUGACCUUUGUGGAAGGGUGGAAAGAAGAAAAUCAUUGUUGAAAGAAAGCCAAAACAAGUACCAUUUGAGUUGCAUGUGUUACAGGUCACCACUUGUGGGUGAAAAAGGUCUUGAUCUUCAUAUUUUAUGUCACCAAAAAAUGGCAUUUAAAUUGGGGGGGGGGGGGGUAGACUUUUUAAAUCUUGUGUCUCCCAUGUUUCUUUGAAAAUAUGUCAGUGUUCUAGGUAAAAAUAAAUAUCCAUUUUUAACAGGC